CUUUGUUAACAUUGCGCGCGCAUCUAUUUGAAUAAUCAACAGUGAAUAAUAUAAAGGAGGACAUAUGGAAAAGCUUGUUUUUUUUCUUUCAUAUAUACACGUAUUUGUUGUUGUUUUCAUUUGUUGUUGAUCUCAUUGUUUAUUCGGCGAUCAAUUGUGACAUCACCACAAUAAACAAACAAACAGUAUCAUUGAAUAAUUGACUCUAACUAACAUCAGUGAAUACGAUUUACAUUAAAAUUUUCCCGUAAUUGUAAUUUCAGUAAUCAUAACUAAAAAUGAAAUUGUUUAAUAAGUUGAAAUAAAACUCCAAAAAUGUUGUGUGCAUUGUCUAAAAUUUGGUAUGUUCAUUGGGAAAUUGUGUUUGAUCGGAACCAUUCUUCAGAUAUAACCAACGUUCUGAAAAGUGUAAAAAGUGAGACCAUCGAUAAUUGCAGAUUUCACAACUAUCAGUAUCAAACAUAAUUGUUUCAACUGAUUAUCAAAAGCAUGAGUUUGUAAGCUCACAUUCCGCUAAACGUCCAAGUAACAGAUUUCAAAAUGGAAGAGAUUUUGUUUGGUCGCAAAGAGUAAGAUUGAAAUGGAAAUCGCAUUUGAAUAGAGUAGAAACGAAUGUCCGGUCGUUAAUCGUUGCCUUCUCUUCGUCGAACCCACCUACACGCUUAACCCCUUCUCAGCAGCAUUUCGCCUUUUCAAGCCGAAGAAGCGUGACCAGCAAGUGAUUUACGGUCGCGUGUUAUUUCGUGAUUUUAUGACUGAAACCUGCUGAGAGUUGGUGUAUUUCUUCCAUAUUUUAACGAGACUAAGACAAUAAUAAUGGAACAAAUAGCCGCUAGUGAUGUAGCAACAAGCACAGCCGCUAAAAUGAGAAAUGCCGGCAAUAGUAUAACGAUCGAUUAUCAUGGGAAUGCAGCAACACACUUAGUUUCCUCACCAACCAAUACAUCAUCAGUUGUGCCUUCGGCAACAAUAACAACAGCGUCGACAACGUCUUCAGCGGUAACUUCGCCAUCUGGUGACUUGGCUGCAGCUGCUGCUGUUGUCCUGUCUCUGCAAGGUGCAAUGGUGUCUAGCUUGCAACAAGCUGCUCUGCUUCCUGCUAACUCAGCAGCUGCUGCAGCCCUGAACCUCCAAGCUCUAGAGUCGUACCUAGCCUUGCAACGGAUAACCGGCAAAGCAGAUGUGCUACGUUUCACCAAUACUCCAUCAACAACCCCUGUAGUGCAGCAAUCAUCGUCAACAUCACUCUCAACCCCACAAAUAACCACAAAUCAUUCUCACCAACAACCGUCACAAGUGAAUCGUCAAACACAGAAACUGCCUAGCCUUAUCCUUGAUAAUGGUCAUCAUCAAACUCACCAGCAAAACCAUCAUUCCGAUCAGCAAAAUCAACACCUCAAUAACCAGCUAGCAAACGAUCUUGGCGACUGCGAUGAUUUGGGACUCCUAGACAAUGAUGAUCACUUGUCUUUCGUCGAGUCACCACUGGACUCACCAACGGACGAUGAACACCUGCUGGAGAAUGGCUAUCAGAGCUUAUUGUUGAACGCCGCCUACCAGCAAUUAGCUAAUGAACCGCUACAAACAAUUGUCCAACAACAUCAUCAAGUACAAACAAUAUCGACUAGUGGUACAACGAAAAAGCAUCACAAUCAACAUCAAUCAUCAUCACAAUCGACAUCAUCAUCGCAAUCGUCAUUAAUCACAACGAAUAGUGCAGCGGCAAGUGGUGUUACAACCACUAGUGCGAAUAGUGUAGUAAUCGCAGCAAAUAUCGGUACGACAUCCACGGCAACCAAUGCAAGUGUUGCAAACAGUGGUGGGGCAGGUCAACGACCCAAGAAACAAUUUAUCUGCCGAUUUUGUAAUAGACAAUUCACAAAAUCCUACAAUUUACUAAUACACGAGCGCACGCACACGGACGAGAGGCCAUAUGCAUGUGAUAUAUGCGGUAAAGCAUUCCGGCGACAGGAUCAUCUCAGGGAUCAUAGAUAUAUCCACUCAAAAGAAAAGCCCUUCAAAUGCACUGAAUGCGGAAAAGGCUUUUGUCAAUCUCGUACCCUAGCCGUACACAAAAUCUUGCACAUGGAAGAAUCACCGCACAAAUGUCCUGUGUGCAAUCGAAGCUUCAAUCAACGUUCGAACCUCAAAACCCACCUGUUAACGCACACCGAUAUUAAGCCCUAUCACUGUGUAUCGUGCGGGAAGGUAUUUCGACGCAAUUGUGAUCUCCGCAGGCAUAGUUUGACACAUAAUUUGGCAGCGAUAACAACGAGCCUUAGUGAUCAGCAACUCAUCACGCCCGUGGCUAGAUCGGAAGCUCCAAAUCCUUCUGAGAAAGGUUGCACAACAGCCAAUUUAGAUGUGAUUUUCACAAUUGAUUAAUGAGAAUGUAUUUAGAUUAUGAUUACUGAUAAAAUUGAGGAUCCUCUAGGCUAUUUUGUCUCUUUUUACUUUAGUUAGAAAAAUGUGAUUCUUAUAAAAGCUGAUAAAGUAGUAAUAAAGGAGAAAAAUUGAAAUAUUUUAUUGUAUUUUGGUAGAUAUUCGAUAUGUUCAACAUUUAUGUUAAAGCUAGCUGUAAGGCAUACAUAAGAAAAUAUUUUUCAAAUACAAAACAGUACAUAGCCUUAA